AAUCAAAACAGUCAACACAAAAAGAAAACAAAGGCUGUCGUGGGAGGUUGUUCUCUUUGUGAAAACUUGAAAAACUCGAUAAUUUUCCUUCGAAAGUGCGUUAUUUCGUCCUAGUUACAGUUUAAUCGUGUUGUGAAUUUGUUUAGCGUGAAUAUGACGACUCGAAAAAUGAACACCAUCGAAGAUCUGAGCGAAUCAUGGGUGGAACUCAACAACGGCGGUGGCCUGGCCGCCGUGGAGAAUGAGUACAUCAGACUGUUGCGUGAGGCGCAGAGGGAGAGCCGGGACUCCUCCGUGAGGCACUCUAGGGCCUCCAGCGUAAAAGGCAGCCCCAAAUCACCACCCAACAGUCCAAACCUGGAGCCUUCUACCGAAGACGAAAUGAAAGGAGUAUACAUCAACCAUUGGAGAGAAGACUCCAACGACUGGGUCUGGGAGUGGAGCAGUAGGCCAGACCAGCUUCCACCCAAGGACUGGCGGUUUAAGCACCCGACGACGAGUGCGCGCGGUCCACCAUCAGCCACCUCCUCCAUCGAGGUGCUAGACCAGCAACCCACGCAACAGGGCCACUGCCUGUCCGUCCGUCGUUCCUGCCUGUUCAGUCGGGGCGCCAUCGCCGCCGUGCUGCUCACCAACGUCGUCUCACUACUGCUCGGCGCUGGGAUCGGAAUGUGGCUGAGCAAACGUGGCAUCCUUCCGCCCAGACUGAUUGUAAUCAACUAAAGCUCAAGACUGAGGCUCGAACGCUGCAAGUAAAUAAAAUAUAUACAUUACAGACAUAUUACUGUAUACUUCUAUAUUGUACUAGCUACUCCCACUGCUCGGCUCCUAUCGACAGCCUUCCACGAUAAAUGCAACGGAUCUAGAAUUGGAACUUAAAACGGGAUAUUUACCACGUUUUUCAAUAUGAGUAUAUAUUCCAUGAUCACGGAUAAACAGUUUAUCCAUGAUCAUGGCGCUUGCAACAGUACCGAAAUACAUGGUAAAUAUCCCGUUUUAAAUUCCAAUUCUAGUGUUAGUGACCAUGUCAGUUUAAAAACUUAUAAUGCAACGGGUGUUUCUUCAAAAAAACUUUAACUUUUAUUUAAGUCUUUCUGCCACACUCAGAGUCAUUUAAUGGUUACUUAAACCAGUCCUUAGCAAUUUUUUUCGAUUGCUAAGAACUGGGUUAAGGUUUCGGGUUUUCAUGGUUGUAUCUACUGUAGAUCCUGGCUUACAGGAGUUGCAGCGGUAUGGGAGGUUGUGGCGGACUUGUCCCUAAAAAAACAGAAAUUGUUUUCGAUAAAAAAUCGUCACUAAAGAAUAGUUUAAGUUAUCGUAAGUGAUGCUUUUAACUUUUUGUGAUUAUUUUGAAGAAUCACCCGACUGUAAGAAGAAAAAUUAUCAAAUUCAAACCAGUAGUUUCGGAGAUUGGUGCGUUCAAACCAACGUCAGCUUUAUAAUAUGUUUGUUAAAAUGUGAUAUUGUUAUUUAUACAAUGCAGGUUUUGUUUUUAGUAUAUAUAGCUAAUUGUGACAUAUAUUAUAUAGAAAAAUAAUAUAGUUUUAACACGCUUCUACUACUACUUUUUCGAUAUGUUCGGAACUAUGUAAUAAAAUCUAAGAAUCUGAAUUAUACACGCUUGUGACUCCUCUGGUGUUGCGGGUGUCCAUGGGCGGCGCUGAUCGCUUACCAUCAGGUGACUCGUUUGCUCGUUUGCCUCCUAUUCCAUAAAAAAGGCGUGUUUAUAGGUAUUUUUUAAAUAUAUUAUAUCACAAUUAUCUAUAUAUAAUAUUUCGUGUUAGUUUUUAGAAUUGUAAUACUGUUUAUAAUGGAUGAUUCGUUAGCUAAGGUUAAGCAGACGCUGUCGAGGUUUGUAAAUUGAUUGGUGGACGUUUUUAGUUGAAAAUUUUGAUUUUCUUACUGGUCAAGUAUAAAAACAAAAGAUUUUUUUAGAGAAGCAUUCAGUUUACACCCUGUUUACAACAUGUUACAAAUGUUAACAUAUGUACCUUUUACCGAGGCUUGGAAAAAGAUGGGUGUGCAAUUUAAAUUAACAUUCAUCCAAUAUAAAUAAGUAUGAGACUGCCUGUAUGUCGGUAAGGAAAGGAGGGAAGAAAGAAAGAUAGUAAUGGAUAAAGAAUACUAUUAAAUAAACAAUGUGUAGUGUUUUCUAGGUCGGACAUUUUGUAUUUUUCUUACAUUUUUUCAAAAUAAAAACUAAAAAAACAAGUAAUAUUUGAUAAUAAAUAAAAUAUUUGAUAAAUGGUAAUACUACUACGUCUCCCUUCGUCAACGUUAUGUGUGUUUGUUUGUCAAAACAUCGCACGCAUCGUACGCAUUCCGUAUGACGUCAUCAGUACGCAUCGCAUGUAGGCAUUGCCGAUGAUACGGUCCGUACGAUGCGGAUCAGUGGACGCAGUUGUAUGAGUUUCUAUACAAGGCAAACUAAAAUCCGUUGCGUGCGAUGCGGGCCUGUGGACGCUUACCUUAAGGGGUAAGCGGUAAACUACAUAAUUAUAUAUUUAGCGCUUGUUUCAACGCCUUAAAUGUCUUGUUUAUCGGCCAUAAAGACAAUAUUAACUGUUAUUUAAAAAAAGGAGUCUAUCGAUGCGAUUGUUAUGUUUCGAUCUCAUAAAAUAUUUACCAACUUUCUAUUCUCAGUCGCUUCGGUGUGAUACUUCAAGUUGUUUUUCUCAAAGGGCCUAGUACAAGUUUGUUUUACGUUUAACGAGAUCAAAACGGGAGCGCGUUCGGCACUCUGAUUGGUUGGUUUAUUUCAGCCGGACAAUAGAACCGCCAAGUGCGCUUUCGUUUAAAAAAGAAACUUAACUAAAAAUCACGGUUUAAUCGCGUACAUUAAUGGAGAAAUGCUCUACUAGUUUCGAGUCACAGAGGGACUGAGUUGAGUAGACUGCUCGACGUCGCCGUCUGCGCACGCUGCUCAUGAUGAAGAGUCCCUCUGUGACUCGAAACUAGUAGAGCUUUUCUCCAUUAAUGUACCAGUGAGUAAACCGUGAUUUUUAGUUAAUUUACUAUGUCUCACGAUAGUUAUUAUAAAACAAAUUAGUACUAAAGUUACAGGUUAUCCACUAGCACGUUGACAAACAAACAAACGCAACGUUUUUUAUAAUAUAAUAGUUAUAAUGCUAUCAAUAUUUUUAUAUUAUCGUAGUUUUUAAGUCACUUCUGCUGUUGCCUAUUUCUCUUAUUGGGUUUGAAGAUAUUUUCGAUGCCUUUAAACUAAAGAAAGCGUUUGUCAAAGAACAAUGUAACUAAAUUAAUUAUUAUGUUAUAUCAGCUUACUCACGUAACUGUUUGACGAGGAACUCGACUAGUUUCAGUAGCAGCGACAGUCGCCGCGUCGUGUGUCGCGGAAUGCUGCUCAUGAAUAUGAGCCUCUAGCAUGGCUUGAAACUAGUCGAGUUCCUCGUCAAAUAAUUACGUGAGUAAGCCGAUAACAUAAUAAUUAAUUUAUUAUGUCUCACGAGAGUUAUAAUAAAAAUGUACCUUAUUUGCAGUGCAAUACAUGCUAAUCUUGAAUAUCUUCGAAUUCAAUAGUUUUAAUUUUUACUCUAUUCUAGUUUUUAUUAUGCACUAAGCAUAAUACGUCAUAGCAUUCGCCAUGUAUUUCAUAUUUAAAAAAAAAAUGCACAUCAUCAUUGUCUCUGUGAUUUAUAAAAAAAAAUGCUAUUUAUUGUCUAUGCGUCGGUGUUGCCAGGUUUAUAAAAGAUGUUUCUACCAAGAUAAUGGCAAUCGCUGUUGUAUGGGUUGGAUAUUAUAUUUGUAAAUCUUCCAUUACCCAAAUCCUUAAUCCCUAAAAGGUCAGCAAUGCACUUGUAAGUCCUCUAGUGUAGUGGGUGUACAUAGGCCGCGAUUGCUUACCAUCAGAACUUUUAGUACGGGUUUGCUUAACGUUUAAAAUAAAAUCGAAACGAGAGCGCAUUCGGUGCUCUGAUUGGUUAUUUUAUUCGAACCGGCAAUUAAGAAAGCCGAAUGCGCUCUCGUUUCGAUUACUUUAAAGGUUAAGCAAACUCGUACUAAAAGUUCUGAUGGUAAGCAAUUAGCGCCGCCUAUGUAUACCCACAACACUAGAGGACAAACUCAUACUAAGGCAGUUGUCCCACCGGCAACGAUGAACGAGUAACGAGUAGAGCUAGAACUAGCAACGAGUUAAAACAAAAACAAACAAGUGAAGCGAGCACUCGCCGGCAGUGUGAACAGUCAGCGAUCAACUGUUUGUAUAUGCAUCUCUUUUGUUUACACGGAAAGUAUAUCUAUUGUACGUUUCUUGAGCGAGAAAAUAGCCGAUAGUUAGUCGUUCACUCGCCGUUGGUGGGACAACUGCCUAAGGGUACAGGUGAUCCGUCUCUUCCUUUGCCGACCUCUUACGAUCUCUCCUCACAUCAAAUAUCAUAUCCAAUCCAUAUAUUAUAUAUUUGUUUCAUUAUAAUAUUAAAGGAAUUUUAGUUUAAUUAUAGAGAGUGAAUAAGAAAUAUGUUCUUUUUGUUUCUUUCUCUGUCUUUCGUAGAAGAAUUGGCUAGAUUUGUGUUCUGUACACUUAUAUGUUCUUGUGGUUUGUUAUUGAAUGUUGCAUUUGUAAUUUAAAUUGGCUUUUUGUGAUAGAAAACUUAGAAAAUAUUGGUCUCGUGUGUCGUGUGUAUGUUUUACACUUUCACAUACACAUCACACACAGACACGGAAUUACUGUUUGUGGAUCACACAAAUGUUCAAAUAUUCAAACGCCACUCAGUUUUAAGUCGCUCUCAAAACUAUUUCUGUAUAAAUGCUUUAUAAAAGACAGGGAUUGCUGAUAUUUAAGUACAACUUAAAAUUGAGUAGCUUUUCAGUAUUCGGUUGAAAAAGUAGUUCCAUGUGAUUACUGCUCGGUUGACGCAGUGGCUGCCGUUACAAGGCAUUACAAGAGUGUUGCCGGCCUUAGUGUGAUCCAUAAACAAAUUGUUGUUGGUGUAUGUGAACUUGUAUGUUUGUAAACGCACCCACGAUACAGGAGAAAAUCCUAGAAUGGGACAACGUUUUAUAAAAAAGAAUAACAAUAUGAUCCGUUCAGUAGUUUAUACAUUUUGGUAAUUUAUUUUUUACCCAAUGGUAGGAAUGGUAGUUUUUUUUUAUCAUAUUAUUGAUGAUUUAAAAGCUCAAGUUUAAGUUAUAAAUGCAACGUUCAAUCUCGACCGCUUUAUUUUACUUUACUCACACAAUUUGUAAAUAUAAUAUAUGUUAUGUCAUUUUAAUCAUUUCUUGUAAGGCGCUUACAAUAUAAGGAUAUAUGCAUUUUUAUUAA